AGCACCGUUUGGGCUUCUCUCCGUCCGUCCAAGAAAAGAAAUAGUUUCCGUCCGGUUUCCGUCCCUUCCUAAUCCAAAUAAGUUUAAUAAUAUCCAUUGAACCAAUGAUAUGGUGCCACGUUAAUAGGUGGCCGCCAUGGGCUGCAACCCAGACAGCAGCCAAGUAUCGCCCUAUUAAAAAAACUCUUCCUAAACCCUAUUCUCCCAGUCCUCUCAAUUCUCGUUCCCAAUCUCUCUAAAGGCCUAGGUCGAUUCUCUAUCUUUCUCUUCUCAAAUCCCUUCCCUAAUUUUGUUCUUAAUCCCUAAAUAAUCCCAAUUCUCGAUAGAACCCUGUGAUUAGGUUGUAUCAAUUAUGUGAUUACUCUCAACUCCUCUUUUGGUUUACGUUUAUGUGCGUUUCUUUUGGUAAUUAAUAAAAUUCCACCUUAAUUGAUUGAUGGCCGGGGUUUCUGUUAAAUCUCUACGUACGUUACUUCCAUUCCAUGGGUGUUUGAUGUCCCCAGCUUAGCUAGCUUGUUAGAUACCUGCAAUAAGACAUGGAUGAGUUCAUAACCCGUCCUUACGUGGAGAAGAAGGAGGAGCUUGCUGCUUUUGACGCAGAGAUUAAGAGACUGGACAGGGAGAGAGACGAGAAAAACGAUAUGCACGACAACUACAUUGGAGGCGAUUUGGGGUAUCUCAACUCCCUCAGGAAGCUGCUGCGUGACUUGGAUGAGAAUGUGGCGAGGGCCAAAGAUGAGUACCAGCAGAAAGAAGAAGAGCUGCGUGCUUACAUGAGGGAGCUGAGGCUUAACAUGAUGAACAUCUAUGAGAAUGCCAAAUGGAUACUCGACGUCGUUGAUUCAGGCGGCGACGACGACGAUGAUCGUUAUGCCCGCCGGUGGAACAAUCUGCAAAAGAAGCGAGUCAUCUGUUUCAGCCGGGUCGUUGAAGGUUGCAUGGAAUUCGGGGAGAGGAAUAACAAUGCCGCCGACGACUAUGAAGCUUUGGACAAGAUUUUUAACGACCUUUAUGCUCUCGACGUCAAAGCCAAGGCCAUUGAGGAUGGUUCCGCCUGGAUUUAAUUUUUCACCCUCUGCUAUCUGGAUUUAGUACUAUCCGUACGUCAGGUUAAUUUGAGGCUGGAAUGGAGUGACCAGCUGUGUAUUUACAUUUUCAAGUGGCUUUAUAUAUAAGGCCAGUGUCGAAUGUUGUUAUGAUGUAGUUUAGUUUGUUCAGUGUCGCAUGUUUCAAGUGCAUGCCCAGGUUCGUUCUUUAAGUACUUGUUGGUGUCCUUUCACAAAGUUUUGGUUGGAACUUGGAAUAGUUAGUUAUAUUUGCAGGAUCGUUCAUUAAGGUUUGUCGUCUGGUAAACAUCACUCUUCUUGUAAACUUUACGCAAGCAAUGAGUAUCUUAUGUAACCAUUGGGAAAUCACGUUACCCAACACUUACAUAAUGACGAUCUUUUCACACAAGGAAUAUUAAAAUCUCGUUACGUAA